AUGUACACAUUCUUUGGAACACUGUUGGAUUCAUACCUCGAAUGAGGAGAACUUCUCCUUCCUGAAUGUCUGGUCAUGGAUGCAUGUGUAACUGAAAAAGAAGCGAUGUUAAAACUUGCCAUAGAACCUGAACGUCUAAGACCAUCCUAUAGGAUACAUACAGAUUGUUUGGAUGAGGCUGAUCCGCGUAAAAUCUUACAAUGUUUGAUCUGCCACCAGUUGAUCGCGCUUAAGGAUGACUUGUUGGAGCGGAUCUGGAGCACACAUGAACUUUCUCCUGCUCAUCGGCACGUUAUGGCUAUAAAACAAUUUUUAGAACAAUCUAAUGUUGAAUAUGUCUUGGACAGUGACAUUCCUGGAUCAGAUCCAAGUAAUUCGAUUGGUUGGAGAACCGAAAAUUAUUGUAGUUAUGGUCCAAUCUGUGGCAUAAAGUUCCUCGUUGCAUUUAGAAAAUACAGCUUCUGUUCACUAUGUUGUUGUAAAGUUGAGUCAAUUGAACGUCACUUUGCUAGCGAAAAUCAUAUCAUGCAGUUUCUGACAAUAUCUAACCCCGUUGAAAUGUUCCGCGUUUCCCAGUUUCCGCGACAGUCUCGUAUGUCAAAAGUUCUUGAGAUGAUGGCAAAUCCAAAGUUUUCUUUUGGAAAUGAGCAAAGCAGAAGAGUUUAUGCGGACUGGUUUCCGGAAAAUAUGACUGUAACUCUGAAGCAUGAAACACAUGAGUUUCCCACUUUAAUGCCUCCGCUUACCCCUCUCGGGAUUGACUCCGCAUGUUUGUUUUGCACGGUUUGCUGGCUGGCUGUUCGCGUUGACAAGGAUACUGAGGAUAAAUGUGAAAGUGUUUGGAAUUUGCACUGUGCAGAAUCAACACAUUUCGAAUUUGCUGCGCGCAGGGCUUCUUUCGGAUUCCAUGAUGAUUUUUUUGUACCUAUGUCGUCAAAUGUUCCAAAAGCUCCGUGGAAUUUGCAUGGAAGCUGGAAGGAAAUUAAG